AANUCUGAGAGAGAAGAAAGAAACCAAAUUCUUUGGGAUGUGAAUGAUUAUAAUCGAAGAUUCUCAGGAGAACCUAGACCAUGGCUGGAUUAUGUUUGGGAUCUACCAACUCUGUUACGUCAUCUAGGUUCAGAAUUUUUUUCAGUGGGUGGAUUAAUGUACAUGUUCCGUCUUAGAAUUGUCCUUUGUUUUGUUGCUGCUAUCAUGUAUUUGAUCUCACCAUUAGAUAUGAUACCAGAAGCUGUGUUUGGCAUUUUAGGUCUACUGGAUGAUUUGUUUGUUGUUCUGCUAUUAGCUAUAUAUGUUACAAUCAUUUACCGUAGGUUUCUGGCAGCACGUUGGCAGGAAGAAAACUCUUGAAAGAAGAUAAAAUGGUUACAUUUAUAUAUAUAUACUAUUUCUUAUGUCCCAUUGAAAGAAGAAAAAUAUUGCAAUAUAAAUAAUUGCAUCAUAACUGUGAUCACAUGCAAUGUUUUGUACUUUCAUCUCUAAAUGAUAUAAAGCCCUCCAAGUUAUGAUUUGUGAUACUCCUUAUCAUACAGGGAAAAUGCUUAUAUUUCACAUAUACAGUGGUAUAAGAAGCUUUGUAGCCAUCUGUAUAUAAGGUAUUAAUUUUACUUGACCAAUAAACUUUUUUCAUGCCUUAACUUCCCAUAAA